UUCUUGUAAUCGUGCUGUGAACAUUAUUUAGUUUAAAACAAGCAAGUGAAAAGAGUGGCUCCGAGGAGUUCCUGCCAAUCAACAAGAAAAACUAAAUCGUAGCUUGGAAUUUUCUGUGAAAACUAGAAGCUACGCCAAAUCGUCAUUUCCUCGAAGGAAUAAAACACUGCACGCAGAAAAAUACACACAAUUAAUUUAUUCGUAACUUAGGAUUUAUAUUUAAUUUACCAAAUAUAUCAACAUGUGUGACGAAGAGGUUGCAGCGCUCGUUGUCGACAAUGGCUCCGGUAUGUGCAAGGCCGGUUUCGCCGGAGAUGAUGCCCCCCGUGCCGUCUUCCCGUCCAUUGUCGGACGCCCCCGUCACCAGGGUGUGAUGGUCGGUAUGGGCCAGAAGGAUUCCUACGUAGGCGAUGAAGCCCAGAGCAAACGUGGUAUCCUGACCCUGAAGUACCCGAUCGAGCACGGUAUCGUCACCAACUGGGACGAUAUGGAGAAAAUCUGGCACCACACUUUCUACAAUGAACUGCGUGUCGCCCCCGAGGAGCACCCGGUUCUGCUAACAGAGGCCCCCCUGAACCCAAAGGCUAACCGUGAGAAGAUGACACAGAUUAUGUUCGAAACCUUCAACACACCGGCCAUGUAUGUCGCCAUUCAGGCCGUGCUGUCCUUGUACGCUUCCGGUCGUACUACCGGUAUUGUGCUCGAUUCCGGAGACGGUGUCUCGCACACAGUCCCCAUCUAUGAGGGUUACGCUCUGCCACAUGCUAUCCUUCGUCUGGAUUUGGCCGGUCGCGAUCUCACCGAUUACCUGAUGAAGAUUCUGACUGAACGUGGCUACUCGUUCACCACCACUGCCGAGCGUGAAAUUGUCCGUGACAUCAAGGAGAAGCUGUGCUACGUCGCACUGGACUUCGAGCAGGAAAUGGCCACCGCUGCCUCGUCCUCCUCGCUGGAGAAAUCCUAUGAACUGCCCGACGGACAGGUCAUCACCAUCGGUAACGAACGUUUCCGUUGUCCGGAAGCUCUGUUCCAGCCAUCCUUCCUGGGUAUGGAAGCCUGUGGCAUUCACGAAACUACUUACAACUCAAUCAUGAAGUGCGACGUCGACAUCCGAAAGGAUCUGUACGCCAACACAGUAUUAUCGGGUGGUACCACCAUGUACCCAGGAAUUGCCGACCGCAUGCAGAAGGAAAUCACCGCCCUUGCCCCGUCGACAAUGAAGAUCAAGAUCAUUGCCCCACCAGAGCGCAAAUACUCCGUAUGGAUCGGUGGUUCCAUUCUCGCUUCCCUGUCCACCUUCCAGCAGAUGUGGAUCUCCAAGCAGGAAUACGACGAAUCUGGCCCAUCCAUCGUUCACCGAAAGUGCUUCUAAGCCACUUACCAGUAGCACUAACCGUCGUAACAAUAACACUCUUUUACCAACAACAUCAAUGAGGAAAACAACAGCAACAGCAGCAACAACAACAACCACAGCUCAAAGUUUAGCUAAACAAUUCGCGAGAGAGAUUACAAGAACAACAGCAACAACAACAAAAACAUCAGCAAGAUCAUUUCCAGCAAGAAAAAGAAGUAUGCAAGACACAUUUGAGAACAACUUAAUAAUAAAAAGACAAUUCCUGUAUUAUUACUUAUAAUAAUCAAAGCGAGUAACGUAUUUUUUGUAUCGUCAAAUCGUCGUCCCCCAUUCAUUCCAUUUUGUUUAAUUGUUUUGAUUAUUUAGUCGCAUCACAAUAAUGCAUACGUUAGUUCGUCGUUUUUUUGUGUAUUUUUAUUAUUUUUUUUUACUUAACGCAUUAGUACGCAAGUUAGUUUGUAGGGAAAAACAGUGCGCGAGAGAGCAAGCUUAGUCUAUUUUCCGAUUUGAAUAGUUUAUUGAUUUGAACACACACAUACGCAUCAUGUCAUUUAAUUAAUUAUCUUUAUUUUUUGAAGAAGAGUAACCGAGAUGCGAACAAUCGUUGGUUAUAAAACACACACACACAAGACAGAAAACGAGUGCGAGUGAGACAGAGAGAGAGAACCAAAAAAGUUACUACAUACUACUUAUGAUAUACAAUGAAAAAUUAAUUCCAUUUCUUGUAUUUGGUAUAAUACAAUUGUAAGAGUUAGUGAAGGAGAAGAAGCAGAAGAAGAAGAAAAAAAAUCAGAAAACCCGCAAAAAAAGUUGAAAACAAUCGACUGCCGGUCGACGGCGACGGCGGCCCAUCAGAAAGUCGGAGCGCGCAGCGCCAGCAGUCGGUAGGAGAAAAAAAACCCUGCAAUCGAAUGAUUACUUCCCAGACAGACGAAUCGAGUCGAGUGUUGAGGAGCGAAAAAAAUAUUUAUUAGCGUUUAUUUAUACACACAUCGGCAUUAUAAUAAUGGAUCAAUUUAAUUUAUUCGUUUGUAAUUUUCCGCAUUUUUACCUUUUCUAUUCAUCUUUUCUGCUCAUUUUCACAGGCUCCUUUCCCUGGUGUAAAGGAGUGAGAGAAAUUGAUUGCGAGGUUGCCAAAGCAAAUGCAAGAAAAAUCAAAAGCAACUGAACAACAACAGAAAAAACAGAAAACGAGUAUGAAAUUGGCAUAAGGAAGGAAGGAAGUUAUGAAUAAGUUUUCAAUUGAUUGAAUAAAAACAAAACACAAGUAAAAAGCAAUAGGGAAAAGGUUUUGGCCCCCUUUCUGAAUGUCUGAAUCCUGUCUCCCCUGUCCGUCUGUCGAAGCACCGGAGCGGAAGGAGGCGGGAGCGGCAGCCAGUUUGGGUGGCACCUUUUCCUUGGGGCGAUCAUUCGAAUUAAAAA